AUGUUAGAAGCUCUUGAAACGUCAUCUUUGGAAUAUCUUUGUAUUGAUAAUAUUGGAGGCGGAGAUGACCUAUUCUAUGCUGCGGCUGGCAAGGCGGUUUACAUCGUGAGUUGUACCCACACACCAAAUCUAAUCCAAAAUUCCUGUCUAAAGCAGAUUUGA